AUGAAAGUGAUCGAGAGAGUUAUGUCAUUGCGAACCACGGAUGACAUAAUCUCGCGAUAUGUAAUCUUCUUUUGAUUGAACUGGUUUCCAAAAAAACAAGCUGCCUUUCCCUCGCUUGAACUCAUUUUUUGGAGCGACAUCUGCAAUGGCAUUGUCACCAUCCAUUCGGCGAUUCUUUUUGAGCCAUCCCGACUUUAAUUCUCGGCUCUUGGCGUCGUUUUUUUCAGUUUAAUCAAUAGAUAUUUUCCAACGUUUCGAAGCUUAGAGAUUUGCAAAUUGCAAGCUUUACGUAACCCAAGUUGUUUCAAGACAACAAAAAAGCCAUUGGUUCACCCAUUGAUCCUCUUUAGAUCCCUCUAACUAUGCCCUAACAGCCCCACGCUGACCUUAAAACCCCCAAUUCCCUUAAUUGCUUCUGAGCGUACAAAAGGCGCGCGCUGCAGGUCGACAUUAUAUUAUUGGUGACCGAACUUCGUGAGGGCGGCUUUUUGUCGCCGUAUCUCCCGCGAUCCGCGGAUUCAAGUCCGCCGGGGGAUGUUCUCGACAUUUUAUUAAUGCAGUUACAACGUGAUGAUAAAAUCAAUCCGAAUUCCCGUUAUGUUUUAGAUGCCGGAGACGCUGAAUGAGCACGAAUAUAUUGAGUUGGGCCAGAGGGCUUGCUCGCAGAUAAAGACGUUGGUGGAAAGCGAUUGGGCAGAGUGCUGGUCGCAGUUGGAAUGGGAUGAGGCCGACGUUAAAGUGUAUUCGAGGAAGUCGGCCGAGUUCGAGGAAGCCAAAGAGAACAUGCUCAUGCUGGUCAUGGACCUGCCGGUAAUUUAAUUCAAAGCCAUAUUGCUUUGUAUUGCAAUAUGAAUGCGAAAAAAUGCCAUUUUAGACAUCAGUAGAACACCUGGAACGAUUACUAUUCCCUUGGUUUGAAUUCCGAGUCAAAUGGGAUGAAAUGCUGGCCAUGGCCAAUGUAAUAGAGCGGCUCAGUGAAGAGGUGAGCAAUCAUUUUAUCUAUAGAGUCGUUUCCGUAUUUUCUAAUCAGAUUUUGCGUUUCCAGACAUUUGUUAUGCGACAUGUUGUGAAGAAACGCUUGGCAUUGUCAUCAAGAGAUGCCAUUGAUGCCACAAGUGUAAGUUUGUGUCUGAUUUCGACCAUAUAAUCUAGUAUUGUUAAUGAAUUGCUUUGGCAAUUUUUUGAUGACUAAAAACUCGCUUUAGGUCUAUCGGCAGGACGAUGGCUCAGUAAUAAUGGGCUCAACCGGCACCGAGCACGGGAAAUGGGGACCUCAGGAAGGAUUUGUGCGGACAAAGCAAUACUUGGGAGGCUAUUAUUUCCGACCAAUCGACGAAAACAACACCAAAUUUAUGAUGAUCUUCUGCGCCGAUCUCAACCUUCCCAUUCCCCGGUUUAUAUCCAACAUGGUGGCCAAAUUAAAGCCCCGACUGAUGGUGGAAAAGGCCAGGAAUUUGGCCAAGGCUGUAAAUAAAUAUCCAUUGUAG